AUGGCGUGCACCUCUGUGGCCAAAAAGCCGCGUAUUGAGCCGAAGCCCAAUGCCACGCCGUGGGUGGAGAAGUACCGGCCAAUGACACUGAGCGAAGUGAAAUCACAGGAGGAGGCGGUGUGUGCACUGCGGGCCAGUCUCCAACCGUCUGCAAGCAUGCCCCAUUUUCUCUUCCACGGUCCGCCGGGCACAGGAAAGACGACUGCAAUCCUUGCCGUGGCGCGGGAACUCUUUGGGCCGGAUUACGUGCACAGCCGCGUGCGAGAGAUGAAUGCAAGUGACGAUCGUGGUAUUCAAGUCAUACGAGAAAAAGUGAAGGUGUUUGCACAGACGGCAGUGGGUAGCGUCGGGCACAAAGUGCAGUCCGAUGGCCAGGUGUACCCUGUCCCUCAAUUCAAGCUCAUUAUUCUGGACGAAGCGGACGCGUUGCUACCGGAUGCACAGGCCGCCUUGCGCCGGAUGAUGGAGGACUUCAGCGAUGUCACACGUUUUUGUAUUCUCUGUAAUUAUGUCAGCCGUAUCAUCGAUCCCAUAGCCAGCCGCUGCGCCAAGUAUCGGUUCAAGCCUCUUGUAAGAGAAACCUUGUACGAUCGGAUUCGAGAAAUUGCAAAGAUGGAGGAAAUAACCGUAUCGGAUGCCUCUUUGGAGGCGCUGGAUCGUGUGAGUGGUGGAGACUUGCGGUCUGCCAUCAUGUAUUUGCAGUACGCACAGAAAGCGCAUGGGAGUGACCUUACAAAAGAAAACUUUUUGGAGGUGUCGGGUAGCGUACCAAUGGAGCUGUUGGAAAAGUACUUGAAGGCGCUUGUGACGAAAGACUUUGAUGGCAUGUAUUCCUUGACGAAGGAGAUUGUUGGGCAGGGAUUUCCGGCAAGUCAGCUUCUUUCGCAGCUGCAUCAAUAUAUUAUUGGCUCAAGCUGCCCUUUGAAUUCUCUUGUGAGGAGUCGCAUCGCAUUGAAGCUUUGUGAUGUGGAGCGGCGUUUGUCGGACGGCGGCGAUGAAUUUCUGCAGCUUCUGGACUUGGGGACCACAAUCUGCUCCCUGUGA